AUGGAGUUUCAAAGAGCCGACGAAGAUAGCGGAUUCCAAGGCGACACCACCUUCAAUGCCCCAGUCGAUGCUUUCAAUGCCAGGCUUGCAUCACUCCGUGAGCAACUUGGCUACUCUGAUACUUCCUCGCCUUCAAGGAGGUCUGACAAUGAAUUGACGCUCAACUCUGCGUCGACGGUCACAGGUGCAAGUGAUGAGCUGAUUGGCAACAUACGCUUUGGCUCCCGCACCCUCCCAUUCCCUUCUACUCCUGAGUAUGCUCGUUAUCUUGAUGUCUUCUUCAACGAUAUCAAUCCUUGCCAUCCGUGCAUUAACCAACCCGAAUUUACCUCCAAGUGCCAAAAAUUAAAAUCUACGCGAGCUGUCGAUCCGCAAGACGCAUGCCUCCUCGCCAUCAACUAUAUCAUCUUCGCGUGUGCAGAUAUUCUCACUGAAUUGAGUCCCGUCCAACAAACCAGAUCUAUACCGGGGUGGAAAUGGUAUCUAAUUGCCGAGGACCUUAUGAACAAGAGAAAAUUGACGGGGCGAGGAGACCUGAGUCUCAUCCAGUAUUUAGUCUAUGAGACAUUCUAUCUUAUUCACGCGGAUUUGCCAAACGCAGCGUACAAUGCUUCCGGCCUCGCAUGCAGAUUGUGCUUUCAGUUUGGGCUCCAUCAGCAACGGUUGUGGGGUUCUAGCUGCACUCCAUUUUCUAAACAUGUCCGCCAACGGCUGUUCUGGACUCUGUAUUUCGUUGAUAGGCGCACCGCUUUGAGUUGCGGUAGGCCGUACGGAAUUAGAGACUCGGACGUUGACGUCGAAGAGCCUGCAUGGAUUGACGACAAAGCACUCUUCCCCGACAAGCCGAUUCCGGAUGCUGACCCCGAUCACACAUUCAAUAUCUUCCUUUCCGGGCUGAGUGCAUUUUCUCGCUUCGCUGGGGAGAUAUGGGACCAGGUGUUCUCUGUUACGUCUGCGGACGAUCCGCAUCUAGGAGAAAAGGUUGCUGUUCUGGAUGCACGUAUCAAAUAUUGGACGGAUACCGUGUUCCACACUCUCCCCUUGGUUCCGCCGCAUGGAAAUCCAACACAGCGUCAUCGAUGGCAGGAGACCCUCAUACGAACGGUACUGGCCCCUCCCCCUUUCGACAUGAGAAGUUUGCUGAUGAGAAUGAGCCAUCUACGCUUGUUGCUUCGCCGGCGCACUAUGGUCUCUUUGUCUUAUACAAUGACAGAUGGCAAAAUAUGCGGAGAGGUAGCCAUGGAAAUCGUUGGCGACAUAUUACCACAUGGCGCAGAGGCGCGGAAACCAAGCUGCUCACGAUUCCACAUGGCAUUUUCUCUCGGAGGCGCGAUUCUCAUCCUCGCCACUCUGCUAUGCCGAGACUUAUCAACGGUUAAUCUGCAAAAAUAUCGAACUGCCUACAUGAAGUCUUUUUCGUCGGGAUUGGCUUUACUCCGAGACAUCUCUAUCCACCUACAUACGGCCAGACGUAUCUUGGAAGACCUUAGGGGAAUCAUAGAGGUAGUGGAGCACCUGAUACGAGAAGAAGACGGGAAUCCAACACAAUUCGAGGAUAUCAGCAAUGUCGUGCCACCGAACCUAGAGGAUCUUUUCCCCUACGGAGAUAUCAACGCCAGCUUUCAACCAGACUUGGAUAUGUUUGACAUGCAAACCCAGCCACAAGAGUUCAGCAACAACGAUAUGGCUUUCGUGAAUGGAGAUGUUUCAACGGGUCUCUGGGCUCUAUGGAGUAACGAAGGGUAUGGAGUUCCGUGGGUCUAA